UGUCAAUUACGCCAUGGGUGGCAAAGUGAGGCGUCAUGUCAUGGCAAACAUGUGGACAAAAGUCCCUCGAAAUACCAAUAUGGAGAAUUUACAAGACAAUUACUUGUUUCCUGAGAUAUGCAUGCGGGAGAUGGGGCAUAUAAAGAAAUUUCCACAUGCAAAAUUAAUCAAGCUUGGAGUGGGCGAUACAACCCAACCAAUUCCGACGGCCAUUUCUUCUGUUAUGUCUGAGUAUGCCCAAGCUUUAUCUACAAUUGAAGGUUAUGAAGGCUACGGAGCAGAACAAGGGCAUUUGAAGUUGAGGAAGGCAAUUGCUGAAAAAUUUUACAGAAAUACGAGCAUUAGUGAAGAUGAAGUUUUCGUAUCAGACGGUGCACAAUGCGAUAUUUCUCGGCUACAGAUGCUACUGGGAUCUAAUAUAAGUAUAGCUGUACAAGAUCCUACAUUUCCGGCAUAUGUGGAUUCAAGUGUUAUAAUAGGGCAAGCUGGAAAAUUUGAAGAAGGAAAAGGAAAGUACAAUAAGAUAGAGUACAUGAGUUGUGGGCCUGAAAACAAUUUCUUUCCAGAUUUGAGGAACACUCCUCGAACCGAUGUCAUUUUCUUUUGCUCUCCGAAUAAUCCGACUGGAUUUGCUGCAUCUCGACAAGAAUUACAACAACUAGUGGAUUUUGCAAAGAAUAACGGUUCUAUCAUCAUCUAUGAUUCUGCCUAUGCUUCUUAUAUCUCUGAUCAUCACACUCCUCGAUCUAUUUUUGAAAUUCCUGGGGCCAACCAGGUUGCAAUAGAAGUAUCUUCAUUCUCAAAGCUGGCAGGAUUUACAGGAGUACGAUUGGGGUGGACAGUCGUUCCGAAACAGUUACGUUACUCCAACGGAUUUCCAGUAAUAAAGGACUAUAAUCGAAUUGUAUGCACUUGUUUUAAUGGUGCCUCCAACAUUGCUCAAGCCGGUGGACUAGCUUGCCUUUCACCCCUUGGCUAUAAGGCAUUACGGUCGAGCAUCAGUUAUUACAUGAAUAAUGCAAAAAUGUUGGUAGAUACAUUUACAGAAUUGAAUAUGAAAGUAUAUGGGGGUAGAAAUGCACCAUAUUUAUGGGUUCAUUUCCCCGGUGAAAAAUCAUGGGAUAUAUUUAAUGAGAUUCUAGUGAAAACCCAUAUAUUAACAGUUCCAGGCAGAGGAUUUGGUUACAAAGGUGAAGAAUUCUUAAGGAUUAGCGCCUUUGCUCCAACGGAAGUCAUAUUUGAAGCAUCAAUGCGCUUGAAAACACACUUUUCUCACCGUCGUCAUCCAUAUGUCCUCUAUUGAGUUAUAUACUACUCUUUUAUUCCUUGUUAUUUGUCCCUUCUAAUAAAUAAACAAUUUCAUAUUAUUUUCAAAUGGGACAAACCAUAACAGAUGGCUAAUGUACUAUAAUU